AUGCCUCCCAAGCAGCAGGCCACUCUCGGGUAUUCGAAACUUUCUUUUGCGACAAAACCGAAGCCCGAGCCCAAGAAGCCCAAGGAUGAAGAGGACCAUGAGGCAGAAGACGGUCCGUCUGACAACAAGGCUGCUGCGAGAAAAGAAGACGUAGAGGACGCAAAGGAAGAAGUCAAGGAUGACAAAGAGGAAGAGGAAGAAGCUGGUGCCUCAGAAGAAGAGCCUCCUACCAAAAGACAACGCAAGAAGCCCACCACAUCCGCAAGCCCCAAGAAGCCGAAACAGGAACCUGUGUCAGAAAAUGAAGAGCCCGUCAAGAAGAGCAAGGCAUCACCGAAAAAGCCUGCAGCCAAGCCACCGACACCCGCAAAGGUUGAGCAAGAAGAUAUUGCAAUACAAGAUGGCUCAGAGAGCGACCCUCAGUCGGAGGCGGAGGAAGUCGAGUCAGACGAAGAAGAACAACCCGAGAAGGCGGCAAAGGCCCGCGAGAAGGUCCAGAGCACGUUCAAGUCAAACACAAAAGACCCUUACCCCGAUUGGAAGGCUGGCGACCCUGUACCAUACGCUGCUCUUUGCACCACUUUCUCCAAGAUCGAGAUGACGACAAAACGUUUGGAGAUCAUGGCACACUGCUCCUUGUUCCUCAGACAGGUCCUUCGACUAACACCCCAAGAUCUGCAACCUACGGUUCUGCUCAUGCUUGGUAAGCUUGCUGCUGACUAUGCUGGUAUUGAAUUGGGUAUUGGUGAGAGUCUCAUCAUGAAGGCAAUUGGCGAAUCAACAGGCCGAUCACUCAAAAUCAUCAAGGAGGACCAACAAAAGAUUGGUGACCUGGGUCUUGUCGCAGCAAAGAGCAAGGGCAGUCAACCCACCAUGUUCAAGCCGAAGCCUCUGACUGUACGUGGCGUACACGAGCAAUUGAUGACCAUCGCCAAGAUUGAGGGAUCUGGCGGUCAAGGCCGCAAGGUCUCUGGUAUCCACAAGCUACUCUCUGCUGCUGAUGCCAAUCUACCCAAAGGCAAGGGAGUCGAUAUUGAAGAGAACAAGGGCGGACCCAGCGAAGCAAAGUUUAUCGUCCGCACACUCGAGGGCAAGAUGCGUCUAGGACUGGCAGACAAGACUGUUCUGGUCUCACUAGCUCAAGCUAUGACUUACCACGAUGUCAUGACCAAGACGAACAAGGCGCCCAACACCGAGCAGCUGGAGAAGGGCGAACGCGUUCUGAAGAACGUUUACAAUGAACUCCCCAGCUACGAGGUAAUUGUUCCCGCAUAUCUCGAGAAUGGCGUCUUCGACUUGCAUGAUGCAUGCAAGCUCCAGCCCGGUGUUCCUCUCAAGCCUAUGCUGGCGAAGCCUACCAAAUCAAUCACCGAAGUGCUGGAUCGCUUCGAAGGCAAGGACUUUACAUGCGAGUACAAGUACGACGGAGAAAGAGCACAGAUUCACUUUGUUGCUCAUGACGCCGAUCUUACAUACGCCACUGCUGCUCCCAGUGCCGGCAACUCAGCCAAGGGUGUUUCUAACAUUUUCUCGAGAAAUAGCGAGGACCUGUCAAAGAAGUACCCUGAUAUUCUUGCCAAGCUGCCCACCUGGGUCAAGGAUGGCACCAAGAGUUUCGUUCUGGACUGUGAGACUGUCGCCUGGGAUGUCGAUGAGAAGAAGGUUCUGCCAUUCCAGCAGCUCAUGACAAGAAAGCGUAAAGAUGUCAAGACCGAGGACAUCAAGGUCAAGGUUUGCGUCUUCGCUUUCGAUCUGCUGUUCCUGAAUGGCGAGGCUCUUGUCAACCAAUCCUUCCGCGAUCGCCGAGCCAAGCUGUACGAAGCGUUCAAGGAGAUUGAGGGCGAAUUCGCCUUUGCUCAAUACGGCAACACCAAUGAGCUCGACGCAAUUCAAGUCUUGCUCGAAGACUCGAUCAAGGCUUCUUGCGAAGGUCUGAUGGUGAAGAUGUUGGACGGUCCCGAGUCUUACUACGAACCUUCGCGCCGCUCACAGAACUGGCUGAAGGUCAAGAAAGACUACCUUGCUGGUGCAGGUGAUUCGCUAGAUCUGGUCGUGCUCGGUGCCUACUACGGCAGAGGAAAGAGAACAAACGUCUAUGGCGCGUUCCUCCUCGCAUGCUACAACAACUCAUCACAGCAAUACGAAUCCGUCUGCAACAUCGGUACCGGAUUCUCAGAAGCUCUUCUCGAAUCGUUACACGAAACGCUCUCACCAUUGGUCAUUGACCGUCCCAAGCCCUUCUACAGCCAUUCGACCGGCAACAAAGACCAGCCUGAUGUUUGGUUCGAGCCUCGUCUGGUCUGGGAAGUCAAGACUGCUGAUCUGACGCUGUCACCUCGCUACAAGGCUGCCGCUGAUGCGCUGAAUGACCCCAGCGGCAAGGGUAUCAGUCUACGUUUCCCGAGAUAUAUUCGCGAUCGUGAUGACAAGAAGCCUGAUGAUGCCACUACGGCCAGACAGGUUGCUGAGAUGUACAGGAAGCAGGAGUCUGUGGGUAAAAACAAGGGACCUUCUGUUGACGAUGACUUUGAGUAUUAA